AUGUCCAACAGAAGUUCCUUCAAUGAGUUCCUCCUGCUGGCAUUCUCAGAAACACGGGAGCUGCAGCUCUUGCACUUCUCGCUGUUCCUAGGCAUCUACGUGGCUGCCCUGCUAGGGAAUGGCCUCAUCAUUACAGCAAUAGCCUGUGACCACCACCUCCACACCCCCAUGUACUUCUUCCUUCUCAACCUCUCCCUCCUCGAUCUUGGCACUAUCUCCACCUCUGUCCCCAAAUCCAUGUCCAAUUCCCUGUGGGACACCAGGACCGUUUCCUACUUGGAAUGUGCUACUCAACUCUUUCUGCUUGUCUUUUUCAUUUUGGCUGAGUACUUCCUUCUCACUGUCAUGGCCUACGACCGCUUUGUUGCCAUCUGCAGACCCCUGCACUAUGGCACCCUCCUGGGCAACAGAGCUUGUGUCAAAAUGGCAGCAGCUGCCUGGGGCAGGGGGUUUCUCUGUGCUGUCCUGCACACUGCUAAUACAUUUUCACUACCAUUCUGUGAAAGCAAUGUCCUGGGACAGUUUUUCUGUGCAAUUCCCCAGAUCCUCAAGCUCUCCUGCACAGACUCCUACCUCAGGAAAUCUGGAGCUACUGUGGUUGUUGCCUGCUUAGGCUUUGGGUGCUUCAUUUUCAUUGUGGUGUCCUAUGUGCAGGUCUUCAGAGCGGUGCUGAAGAUCCCCUCUGAGCAGGGACGACACAAAGCCUUUUCCACGUGCCUCCCUCACCUGGCUGUGGUCUCCCUGUUCGCCAUCACGCUUGCGUUUACUCACCUGAAGCCCCUCUCCAUUUCCCAACCAAAUCUGGAUCUGGUGCUGUCUGUCUUGUACUUGGUGGUACCUCCAACAAUGAACCCCCUCAUCUAUGGCUUUAGGAACAAGGAGCUCAAAGAUGCCAUAAGGAGGCUGAUCCAAUGUGUAUAUUGUCAGCACCAGUAA